AUGUUCAUCGUUGAAAGUCGACCAACACCAACAGGUGGAACACCAAUAUGCAGCACAAUUCAUGCUGUGCAGGUAGGAGAAACUUGUUUCACCCUCAUUCAGAAGUUUGCUCUAGAACAACCAUUGUUCUUGAGGCUCAAUCCUAAUAUCAAUUGUUAUAGCAUCUUUGUGGGUCAAUGGGUGUGUGUGAAUGGCAGGGUAUUUCAUGGGAUGCACCAUGGUCCACAAAGAUAUAAGCCCUAUUGA